AUGACGGAUUUCAUCAUGAACACCAUCUUUUUGCUGCUUUGUCCGGUCUUCUGGUACCUGCUAGGCAGCAAUACGCGCUACACCAACGACAUCCUCACGACCAUCUCGGUGAACAUCGGCAUUGUCUUCUACGCUAUCGCGUACUUUUACGAGUUCACUCUGCCAUUCCUCAUGAACAACCUCCCGGUAGUUUGCCGAUCCCACACACUCGAGACCUUUGACAUGGUCUCCCAGCUUACCGCGCAGUGCAUCACUCGCAUUGCCGCCUUUCCUUGGUCUCUAGCACUCAAUGGUAUCUUCUUCGCAGUCUUGCUAGCCAUUGGUCUGAUAUGGUACCUCUGCUUCCGUGAAGCUCGAGGUCUGGACCCAAGCGUCACAUUCUGGAACUCGCGCGUCAUCAUCAUCGCGCGCAGCCCUCCGGCAGCUGGUGCGCCAUCCGUCGCGCAGCCAUCUACUGCCGACGCGGCCUCACAAACCACGCGCUUCUCUCCGCCACAGCCACCAGCUGAGCUGCCAGCGGACACCCACUCGGCUAAGCCACGAAGAGCGCUCCAACAGCCGGCUGUUCAAAGCAGUGGCCGCGCGCGUCCCCCGCAGCCUCUGCCUCUUGAGGAAACGAUGUCAAUCAGAGAGAAAUUCGAGGCCUCAGACCGCGCAGAUAAAUACGCUCUCCGACGGCUGCACUUCAUGAAGACGAGCCCAUCAGUCGCGCAGGCCAGCGAUAGCAGCAAGACUACUCCGGCCAAAUCCACCUGCACAAUCCCGCAGAUCAACUCGGUGCCGUUGAAGAAGACAWUCGGCCCCAUUGUUGCGCCUGAUACCGUCGCGGAGAAGCCACCGCGAGAAAAGGCUAUGCCGCGCGUGGGAGAAGAUCGCUCUCCGCAGCUCAAGGUCUCAUCAGUCGCCAAUGCUACGCCCAUCGUCCCGAAGCAGAGCAUCGAGACUACGACGCGUACCGCUGCACCUGCCGACGCCGUAGUUGAGUCUGCGGAUGAGAAAUACGCUGCUGCCGUCAAGUUGAUGAGCACCAAGGCUGCGCGAAGCGCGAAAGCAAAGCACGAUUCGCGACGAAAGGUCACACCUGUCGCCAAGGAUGCGUCCAAAGUCCCGCAGAAGAUUAUUGGGACUGCUAUUGCGAAAGGCGUUGCUGUCGCCAACAAACUUGGUGAUAAGAUCAAGGGGAUGAACGAUGAUUGUUGCGCUCCCAUUGCGAUUCCGUCGGAUGAUGAUGACGAUGUGCACGCCAUGGGAAGCCACAUCGAUACGCGCAUCGAAGAUCUUUGCUCUGCCUUCGCCCGUUGGAGGAUCUCCUCGCCACCAGAGCAAUGCGACGAGCCGCUCGGUAAGCAUACGCGAGUCGUCUACAUGAAGAAGGUGAAGAGGAGCCUCCUCUCCGAGAAGGGUGAGUGGAUCGUUCCUCCGCCGAGUGAGCCAGAGGUCCGCGUAGUGCACGUUGAUGUGCCAAGCAAGCCUGUCGCUCCCGUCUGUGUGCCGACGAUGGAGCAAUCUGACAGCAUACCGGUCGACUGUGAGAGUGCUGCUGCCGUGGAGGAGCCCAGUGGAGCAGAGGAGGGUGCGAGCUCGGAGCGCACCACAGGUGCUAUCGUCCCGCUCGCAGAAGCAGAGCCUGAGGCGAGCAGCGCUCCAUUGAGAGGGGCGUCGCAGGACGACGGGAAAGGCGGCUCCCAGCACGAACCAUUCCCGACCAGGCCGUACGAAAGCCAGGCAGCCAGACUCGAGCGAUACCCUAUCGCGGGACCAACUGCUAGCACGGAGAACACAUCUGGGGCGCAAGCCAGCUCCAGUGUGCCAAUUGCGCUUGGUGAGGAUCAGUCUCGCAGCGUCAUGCCGAUUGGAAAGGAGGCGGCAACCAGCUCAAGCCUGGCAAUUGUGACCUGUGWGGAGCAGCAGUUGGACGCAAUGGUGAUCGACACCGAGGCGGUACCUACGCAGAGCUUGCCAGUUGCACCAUCUGACGAGGAGGCCGACGCCAUGAUGAUUGAUGCUGAGGCGCCCCGGUCUACAGCCGGAUUUCAAGGAGACGCUCUCAAGACAGCGUCGUCGAUCAACAAGCCAGCCGAUCCUCCAAUCGCUAUCGCUGUGAGCGGAGCGCAAUAUCACAUGCCGCAGACGCUAGCAAACAUUGCUGAUCCGGAGUCAUCCAUGGAGGCCGAUAGCACAGGCCAGGCUAUCACAAUCGUGAAAAGCACGAGUGUUGAGAUGGGAGAGCUGCCAGAAGCAGUUUCCCUGCUCCCGGAGGUGCGAUCCAUUGUGAACACCACGAGUGUUGACAUGGAAAACCUGCCGGAUGCAAGCUCCAGUGCCUUGAUGCCGAAGGUGUUGAUGUGGUACAAUAAAGAUUAUUCUACCACUAAGAUAUCAUCAGGGCCGAGAAAGAACAGGAAGCCCCUGCGAAUGGCUCGGUUCUCGACUGUCCAACUGUUGGGAAACAGAAAGAGAUGGUCGUCAAAGCCUGAGACACCAGGAGAUCUGGAUGCAGCAAUGGGAGACGAGGGACAUGAGGAAACCGAGGACGAGAAGAAUAAGAGAGAGGAGAGAGUGAAAGAAGAGAAGGCAGAGAAUACAGCGGCGAAAGAAGAUUGGGAAACGGGCAAUGAACGCAAACGCCCCUGUCUUGCAAGCCGACUCCUUCUCCUCGCGAAACCCUUGGCCGAAGGCGCUCUUGCGACGAUGACUAUCUUUGAGGCUACUGCUUCGAUAAUCGUCGCCAUCAAAGAGAGCACCAGAGAUGUCUGGACCGUCAUUGAGGGUGGAAAGGAUGGCAACAUAAUGUGGAAAGCCGUCCUGAGGAGAAAUCUGGAGCAAAUUCGCCAGUAUGGCAACUUUUCGACAUCGACAGAGACAGCCAGGGGCUGGAGAUGGCCAGCAGGCAAGAUCGAAGACCAGUUCAUCAAGAGAGUGUCAAAAGCGGCCGAGCGACUCUGCGAAGCACUCCGCCUCUGCAGCCUUGAGACGAGGACUUCGUCUCGGGCGGAGAUCAUGGGAUACGCGGAGAUAUGCAAGAUCAUCGCGAACGGCCACAAACCACCACUUGAUGGAGCUGCUCCAGUCGUGAACCCGCUCAUGACAAUGAACAAGGAUCGUGCCUCGGCUGUCAUCGUCAGCUGGUUGGAAUCAAUCAAUAUCCAAUUCGACGUGGAACCGGAUAGCAAGGUCAUUGCGCAGACUGUCAGCGAACGAUUCAGGCACAUCGCCCAGUACGCUGGCUAUGUCAAGUGGACCGCUUCGAAAUGCCAGUGGCAAGAUACUCAGAUCACUCCCUAUGCCGUCGGCAGGUGCCCAUCGCUGGCAGCUGAGAUUCGCGAGAAGCUGGCCGCUCAUCACAAGAAAUUCCCGAAUGGCUACAAUCAGUGGAUUGUUGAAUGCAAGAAACAUUGCCUCCUCAUCUCCAACGCCACCGUUAACAUCUCGACACCAACGAAGCCACCAGCGAUCAUGAUACAGGCUGUAACACCCGCACCAGCUCCAGCAGUUCCUGCAGCGCCAGCAGCUCCACGACUACCACAGAGUCCAGUAAUGGAGCUACUCUCAAACGGGACUUUUGCUGACAUUUCUGCCCACUACGGCUUUGCCAACAAUGCCCAAACAAGGAUGGCGACCAUCAAGGCCGUCCUCAACUCCGAUGCAUCGUCGGAAGCGAAAUCCGCUGCGAUGAUCUGGUGGUUCGAAUGGCAUCUGAACAAAAUGCAGCAGCCAGGCAAUGGAUUGACAAUUGUGGAUCUUGCCAAGAAGUUCCUCUUUGAUCUGAAGGAGGUCAACAAAUGGGCCAUCACCAAGGGCGUCUGGGACGAGCAGAAAGCAGAGCGCUGCAUCGCUCUCCGUCYCCUCGCCGUCACGGAGUCAAUCUCCGCGCUGCCAAUUGUGGCAGGCAAUACAAUCAUCCCAAAGGCCCUCAAUCCCGGGUUGAAGCAGCUGAGAGCAGCCACUGCUUGA